AAGUGGACGGGAAUUGGGCCGUUUGAGAGUUUUAUGAGGCCUUAAUCCUCUAUUGCCCAUAAACAAAAGGGUAUAUCAGUGAUUACCGAGGAACUCCCUUGGCUUAUAUAAUUUUAGCGGAAGGAGAAAAACCUCUCCGUUCGAAACAAAAAGAAAAAAGAAACAGAACCCCUGCCAAGUGAAUGCAAAACGGCCACAAAGCUUUCUUUUGAAGCUUCUCCAGAACUCCCCCGCUCAUGUCGCAUGCACUUCAUCUCGUUUCCAAUAGCGUUCCUGGUUAUGGACCAACAGACAGCAGAUAUCUCUCCUGCUCAGGUAUUUCUGGAAGAGCAGUGACUCUAUCUCCUUGCUCUUCACAUAGUGACCACAGAAUUUGUUCACAGGUGAAGAUUAGAUCUUUGAAAUGUGGUUCCAGGGGAAUAUCUUUUGUGUGUAGAGCAGGUUCUAGUGGUCACAGGAGAAACCCUGACUUCUCGAGGCAAAGACAUGGGUUUCAAGGGAGGAAUAGGCAAGAUGAAGAGAGAGAGAAUUUUGAAAGUCUAGAUGAAUCUAAAAAGUUAUCUUCAAAAAAUGGGCCAUUUUUCUCCUUCUCUGGUUCCACAAAAUCUCAAGCCACUGCAGCCCCAGGUCCAAGAGAGAAGGAGAUUGUGGAGCUUUUCAGGAAGGUCCUAGCUAAACUUAAAGAAAGAACUGUGGCUAAAGAAGAUAAGAAAACUGAAGCCUUACGGGGAAAAGGCAAAGAGAGUGACACAGUUGAUUCUCUUGUUAAGUUAUUGAGGAAACACUCAAUUGAACAAGGUAAGAAAGAAAACAGCAUUGGCAGCAGCAGAGACCUGAAUUUGGAUCAUCCAAAAGUGAAUGGCUCUUGCAAUAAAGAUAAAAGCUCGGGUUUCUUUGAUUCAAAUGAUAGAGUGAGGAGUGAGGCCAAAGAACCUUAUACCCUUAGUUUAAGCAGACCAGCAUCAAACUUCCGACGGAAGUCACCUGUUCAACAAAUGAAAUAUCAGUCAAUUUAUUCCGGUGAAGAGACCGUCAAUUCAGAUAGGAAGAGAAAUUUGAGAUGGGCUGAGUCACCUCCUGCACAUGAUCAUGUGUCUGAAUUAGAGGAGGAACUAGAGUCUGAAUCUGAGCCAGAGCUUGAGUCUGACUCAAUCUAUCAAGAUCCUGAAGUGUUGGAUGAGUUGUCAGAGGAUGAAUCUUAUGAUGUUGAUGAGGAGAAUGGGGAACAGCAGAUUGAAAAUGAGGAUUUGAGUGCAUUGAAGCUUCUGGAACUCAGGGCACUUGCAAAAUCUCGCGGUUUGAAGGGAUUUUCGAAAAUGAAGAAGGGCGAUUUGGUGUCUUUGCUGAGUAGUAGUCGCUCAGGCUAAUUAAUGGUGAAGCCAAAAACGAAUGAUCAAUUGCAUUUUGAUAGUUGUGACAUGUGAGAUGCUCUUUUUGUUUUUCAUGGUGCUUAUUUUCUGUUUAUUAUUUAAAUAACUAACCUGCCAAAAAAUCCUUCCAAGGGAAGCUAUGGAUGUUUUGAUAUAGUUCUGUCAAGUUAACCUUUCGCAAUUUUUUGAAAGUAAUUUAGAAAUCAAUCUUCUUUUGUUCUGUACACAACAUGCUUUAGUAGUCAGGUCAGGUGUGAUUAAAUUUAGUUCUAGACUCGUCGUGAUGGUCUUAAAUUCUACUUUUCCCUAAUGGUCUUCGUCAUUCGUUUUGCUUAGACAAUCAAUGGGACCCUUACUGAUAUGUUCUUUGCCCUGUGAUUUAUUGGUAAUUGCAAAUUGUAACGGCCCAACCGGCUAAUUUGUCUGACUAGUCAGGGAUCUGUGACGCUAAACUCCUUCGUGGUAUUACACGAUGACCAUGUAAAUCUUACAUUGAUCUUAGCACUUCCAUAAUUGGCAAUGUAGACAAUCAAUUUGAUCCAUAUCUGAAUUAAUUGAG